AUGGCAGCGAAGAAGAGAAGCAUCCGACGGCGGAGACCCAGUAGCAAACGAUCCACAUAUCAACAACGUACUCGACGAAAGAACAGCCUGUUCUUAAAAGCUUUUGAGUAUUGCAACUUGUGUGAGGCAGACAUUGCACUCUGGCAUCCGUCGCGCGAAGAGUUGGUAGGCAGCCUUUACGACUCUCUUAAGGACACGUCGUACCCAAAACCAAGAGAAAUAACUUGGGGCGAGCUAGCUGCUCAAUAUGAGAUGUGGGAGGCCAAGAUGUAA